GGCGCUUUAGUGUAACAGGCAAUGCGCGGUCACGAGCGACUGCCAGCCACCUUCAUGGGUAGCGCGACACACCGCGUCCGUCCAUCCGGGCUCGGGGCCCGCUCCACAUUUGGUUGCGGACCUCCCCGCGGUGCUCCAUUCCGACGUCGUAUUUGAAACAGCUCCAGUCAUGGAGGACUAGUCCCAUCCGGAUCUACCGACACGGGAGAGACGCGUCGUCUCGCCCUACACCGACGGACUGACGGACGGAACACACCCUUUGUUGGACUGGGUGUUCAUGACACGGUCGGGGCUCGGGCUGCGGUGGCCCCCCUCUGAAGUCAUGAGUACGCCGCGGGGGUGGCGCGUCCCCCCGUCGGAGCUGAUGAUGGUGAAGGCAUGCAGCCGGCCGGCGCUGCAGCGUCUCAAUUCCCGGCCUCUCAUCUGAUCGGCCUGCCAUCUUCCAUUUCCUGGGCUCUUGAUUCUUCUUCUUUUUUUUUUUUUUUUUGCUCAUCAUGACAACCACCCUGGAACCGCUGCAGGUUCUCCCCGAAUUGGAGCUGAGCACCCGGCCGCUCAACGGGUGCGAAGACCCGGCGGGCCGCUACAAAGUGGUUCCCUCCGUAGUCUGCUCCAUGUGCUGCCUCUUUGGUGUCAUUUACUGCUUCUUUGGCUACCGCUGCUUCAAGGCGGUGAUGUUCCUGACAGGCCUGAUGUUCGGCUCCGUGGUCAUCUUCAUGCUCUGCUACAAGGAGCGCGUGCUGGACACCCAGCUGAGCGUGGAGGCCUCGGUGGGCAUCGGCCUGGGCAUCGGCACGCUGUGCGGCCUGGUCACCAUGCUGGUUCGUAGCGUGGGCCUCUUCAUGGUGGGUCUGCUGCUCGGCCUGCUGGUGGCCGUGGCCACCUUGGUGGGAAUGGAGGAGCUUUCCCACAGCCCGCCACGCUCGGUCUGGGUGCCUCUGGGCGUGCUGCUUGGCUUGGGCAUGCUCUUUGCCGUGCUCACCCUCCAGUGGCAGCGCAUCUUCACCACGCUGUCCACCGCCGUUUUCGGCGCCGCCGUCAUCACCGUCGCCCUGGACUACUUCGUGGAGCUCUUUGCGCUCGUUCUCUACAUGUACGAGCGGAUGAAAGCCGUCCCCGGGAAGCCCGUUUGCUGGCUUACAUGGGUGGUGCUGGGGGUGUGGCCUGCGCUCACCCUGUUGGGGGUGGUGGUCCAGUGGAAGGUGACCGCCGAGGGCUACUCGCAUACUAAGGUCAUCAUCAGCCGUCAGCAGAGGAGGAUGCAGGUGAUGCGUAUCCGCCAGCGGGACGACCGCUACCGCCACAAAAAGAAGAAGAAGAAGCAUCUGGGCUCCUCCUCCAGCCAAAACCAAGCCAAGCAAUUCCACCAGGAUCCCGUCUAUCGCCGCAAGCCCAAUCCAAUCCGUCGCUAUGACACCGAUGUUCUCUCACCUAGCUACAUCCAGAAUUUCCGUGACCGGCAGGUGCAGGCCCAGCCUUUCCCAGGACAGUUGUUUGGCGGGCCGCACACCGCAGUGGACCUGGGUUACGACCCCGGCUCGACGGCGCCCUUCGCCGGAGCUACCGGACCUCCGCUACGAUCCUAAUCACCUUGACUCAGUCGAGACACACACUUGCAACUCGUGUGUGUGCACACCCGUGCGAGUUGUAUCCACCCAUCACUGCACGAUUUCACUCUCUCGCACACACACACACAGACACACACACAGCAGCCACCGUGUGAUGGGUCCACAUCUGUUUCAGCGCCUCACAUCAGAUCAGGGAUCAGAACGCAGACCCAUCUCAGGCAUCUUCACAAGAGAUGACCCUCAGUCUGCAGGCCCCUUGUGCCAUCUGGAUUCCAUCUGUCACCUUUCAAAUCGGUGCUGGACCAUUUUGUCUUCAAGUGGAUUUUGCUGUAAUGGGUGCCUUGCUCCUCUUGGGCUGUUUUGCCACUUUUGGGGUGCUCACACAGGGUCGCAUUUGAUUCAGGGCUCGGCUUGUCGUCCUCACCACGCCUGGGCGGACCUGUGACGAGCGUGCACGUACUCGAAAGCCAUACGGACGGCGGCGCCUCGCCGCAACUCUCCCAACACGUGCCGGAAGCGUCGGAAGUGUCGUUGCAGAUUUGUCACAAAUCCCCAAAGAACAUUUUCAAACUCCGAGUUUCUCAACGUUUCUCCAGCCGAAUUAUUGAUUUUCCAUUCGCAAAAUCUCACAACACAUUACCAAACAGAAAUGACACUAAAAGUCCUGUACGGUAUAGUAAGACGCCCUCCAUCGCUGGUUCCGAGUCCGAGCUCAGCAAAUUUUAUUAAUGUUUUUGUUUGAGUGGAACUUUUACAAAAAUUUUUAAUCAAAGAUACAAGUAAAGAUUUUAGAUUUUUUUUUUUUAGCUGAUUUGGAAUCAGCCCUUGGUUUUUUUUCUGGCCCAUCAGGUUUUCAUAAUGUUAUGAUAAUAAUAAUUUUACGUAAUAUAGUAAUAUUAGUAUAUAAUAAUGUAUAGUUAGUCGGUAAGCUUUAUGAUUUAAGAUUUUUGUUUUCCUUAAACACCAUCGCUAUAAAUACAAUACAUGGCAAAGUUUUUACGGGUCAAACUUGGACAAAAAGGGAAAAUAUCUCAAAAGCCUGAUGUGGCAGAGAUAAAAAGACAUUUUUGAAAAUUAAGGGUCAUUGAAUGUCAUCAUCUUGCAUUUUACGCCUUCAGAAGCAACUGCUGGAGGUUUUUAACAUCCAUCUUUAGGCAUGAUUAUCAAUCUGUAUUUCAAGAGUUGGUUAAUUUGCAAAAAAAUUAUUUGUUCACUAUAAACACAUCGAGGUAUCGCUACACUGAUACACAAUAUUUUUGUGUUAUCAAUUGCUCUUGCUUUCUUAUGUGUUUUAAAUGCAUUUAUAUUAUUUGAAAUAUGUUUAAAGAACUUUAAGUGCCAUAAAUGCUAUAAAAGUAUGUCCGGAGAGUAUUUCAAUAAGAUUUUUCUCGAGCGCGUAUUUCACUUCUUGUCCGGAACAUAACCCCGCGAUGGAGUGGCGAUUACUGUAUAUAUAUAUAUUUUUUAAAAAUGCGGCCCUGUUUUGUUCAUUAUUAUUUUGUUUUAUCAAAUUGACCGACCAUCGAGGGAACUGCCGUUUAAUUAUUCUGCCCGUCACUAUUUGUCACUGGCAGAGAUGGAUGAACAAAUCAGAAUUAUUCACCAAAAAAAAAAAGAAUCAUAAUUUUUGGACCACUUUUGUGGAAUUGGAUCAUUUCCCUGCAUACUGCAAACUUGAUGAUCUUUGACAUGCACUCGGAAUUGAGUGCUCUCGCUGCAAGGCACGUUGUGUUUUUUUCCAUUCCAUUCCACCGUCUGUUAGAUAGCAGCUUGCUAACAACAGUGACGGAGAGGCAGACAAGGCUGUGAACAUCCCCUUAAUGGCAUCAUUUCUGUAAAAAAAAAAAAAAAAAAAUAUAUAUAUAUAUAUAUAUACGAGGCUUUGUAAAAGCAAAGAGUGAAUGUAUGAGACGAUUGCAUGAGCCCCUCCCUUUUUGACACACACCCUUUAUCGUGAUUCCAAAACCCCUCAACGUCUUCUAUAUGCACCCAAGUCGGAUAUUUCCAAUCUUUUUCCUCUGUUUGAUCUAAUUCCAUCCUUUGGUUGGAAUCUAUUGGGAUGUAGUCACAGUCAAUUCUAACAUGAAAGCAUGCCUUCCUGAUGAUGUCAUCCUUUUUUAUUCUAUGUAUUCCACAUUGCUGCACACACGGACACACGUACGUGUUGAUCACACUGCCCUUCCCCACACACAAAGCCAUUUAUCUCCUCCAUCUGUCUACUCCUGAUAACAUGUUCUCAAACGUGUCUGUAGAAAUAUGUAGAUAAAAUCAUUGCAACAUGCACAAACACAUUGAUAAUAAAUUCUGGUGAUGUGGAUCACCUCUCAUG